UAUUGCCGAAGUAUUGCAACAUUGAAAGAAACUGUCAAAAAUUAAGGAAAAACAGGGCAGUGGUUUUGAUUAUUUCUAAAACCUUAUUUAAUAGGUGGGUAAUCGGUUAUCGGAGGCUACGCCCAAUCUUAUAAUAACUGGAUUGUUUAUCUUCGCUUUCAUCAUAGGCCUAUCAGACACCGCCGUAAUGGACAUGAUGGUAUCGACUUUGCAACAGCAGCGUGCUGUCACGGAACAGCUUAGACGAGAAGCUGCUAUUAAACGUAUUCCCGUUUCCGUGGCAGUGGCAGAUAUCGUCAGAUACAUUGACGAUCAUGAGCACGAGGACUGUUUACUUGUCGGCUUUUCCAGUCAAAAAGUCAAUCCCUUCCGUGAAAAAAGUUCUUGCACUGUACUCUAAGCUUACAUAUUACUUUUACGAAUUAUUUGUGCUGUAGUAAUCAUGUUUGCUUUUAUACUAUUUAUGUAAAACUUCCUUAUUAUAUGUACAUCUGUCAAAUAAAUGUGUUU